AUGCUCCCCGAUCCUCGCUCUCUAACUGGUGAACCCGCAGCCUCCCGUCCCUGGAUCACUCCCGCGGAACUAGGCGCUCUAGCCGACGCUGGCGAUAACAAGUUCGGCUACGUGCCCGGACGGACUGUAGUCCAGCAACACGUCAAUUAUGAACAUGAAGAUCUUCUGCCCUCGUUUCCGGAUAUCCACUGGGACCCUCUUGAAGAAGUGCCUUAUAACGAUCGUGGCCUUCGGGGAGAUCCCAAAUUCCGCAAUCUUCUCCGGGACGCGACGGCCGUGUUCGACUACAAUCCCAAGAUUGGCACGGAGAUCCACGGUGUUGAUCUAAGUAAGCUAAGUGAGGCCCAGAAGGACGAUCUGGCUCGUCUUGUGGCAUACCGUGGUGUCGUCUUCUUCCGUGAUCAGCACAACCUCGACAUUGAUGCUCAAAGAGAAUUGGGCCGGCACUUUGGACCCCUUCACAAGCAUGCCACUACCUCGGUUCCUCGUCGAAAGGGUCUCGAGGAUGUCCAUGUCGUCUACACUGGUGAUGGUGCUGGUGACAACCGAGCACUGUUCAGCCCAAGCUUCCUGUGGCACUCAGACGUGACCUACGAGCUGCAGCCUCCUUCUUAUACUAUGCUUAAGGUGCUCACAGGUCCACCUCGUGGUGGCGGUGGCGACACUCUCUGGUCGUCCCAGUAUGCCGCCUACGACAUUCUAUCUCCAGGCAUGCAGACCUAUCUAAAGGGCCUGACUGCCCUGCACUCCGCAGACAUGCAGGCGAAUGACUCCCGGGCACUUGGUCGCCCCGUUCGCCGCGACCCCGUCACUACAGAGCAUCCCCUCAUCCGCACAAACCCCGUCACCGGCUGGAACAGCCUGUUCUUCAACCCUGGCUUUGUGACCAAGAUCGUUGGUAUCCCCAAAGGCGAGAGCGAUGCCAUCAUUGCCUACCUGACGGAUGUUGUUGCCACCACCCAAGAGGCUCAUGCUCGAUUCCAAUGGAAUGUGGGUGACGUUGCUAUCUGGGAUAACCGCACUACCAACCACAGCGCCACAUACGGCUUUACUCCUCACCGUAGACAUGCUGUGCGUGUCGCGGCUCAGGCGGAGCGUCCUAUUUUAGAGGCCUCAGGCAAGUCACAGGAAGAGGAACUCAAUGCGUUGUAUGGUCUGCCAGCAGUCAAUAAGGAUGGUUCUCGCCAGUCCAACUACAAUGACUGA